ACAGCUGAGCUAACCUCGACCUUCCUAUGACUUUCCUCUGGCUCCGCACAGGGAAUCGACGAGCCUUCAUUCGCUCCACCCUUCCCAGUUCCCAGUAUAAAUAGCCAUUGUCCCGUUCAACUGGAUUCAUCCUCUCUUUUUCACUCAUCUCCUUCGGUCUCGUUUCAGUCGGUUCUUCUUGAGCUCUAGCCUGUUGUCAUGGCUUCUGCUGCGCUAGCAAUGAUUCUCUUCACUUCCGUUCUGCUCAAAAGUUUGAUGGUUGCAUCUGCUGGUAACUUAAACCAAGAGUUCGACAUAACGUGGGGGGAUGGCCGAGCUCAGAUACUCAACAAUGGAGACCUCCUCACUCUCUCUCUCGACAAGGCUUCAGGCUCCGGCUUCCAAUCCAAGAACGAAUAUCUCUUCGGCAAGAUCGACAUGCAACUCAAGCUAGUCCCUGGAAACUCUGCCGGCACCGUCACUGCAUACUACCUGUCCUCAAAAGGGUCGACGUGGGACGAGAUAGACUUCGAGUUCUUGGGAAACCUGAGCGGCGAUCCGUACAUUCUUCACACCAACGUGUUCAGCCAAGGCAAGGGGAACAGGGAGCAGCAGUUCUAUCUCUGGUUCGACCCGACCGCCGAUUUCCACACCUACUCCAUCCUCUGGAACCCGCAACGCAUCAUAUUCUCAGUGGACGGCACCCCAAUCCGAGAGUUCAAGAACGCGGAGUCGAGCGGCGUUCCGUUCCCCAAGAGCCAACCGAUGAGGAUCUACUCGAGCCUCUGGAACGCGGACGACUGGGCCACCAGAGGCGGGCUGGUGAAGACGGACUGGUCGCGAGCUCCGUUCACGGCCUCCUACAGGAACUUCAACGCCGACGCCUGCGUUUGGUCCUCGGGGUCCUCGUCUUGCGGGUCCGGCGCCGCCUCCAGCGACGGCAGUUCUUGGCUCACGCAAGAGCUGGACACGACCAGCCAGCAGAGGCUGAAGUGGGUGCAGCAGAACUAUAUGAUCUACAAUUACUGCUCCGACUCCAAGAGGUUCCCUCAGGGCCCCCCUCCAGAAUGCAACCUCUCUUAAGAGAGAGAGAGAGAGGGAAUGCUAGGAUUUGAACAUAGGACAAUUCUUUCAUUGAAUUUUCGUAUUCUUGGAUAUGUUUGACGAUACCUUAUUAUUCUUUAUGUAAUAUAUUAUCUUGGUUGAUUAUUUUGCCUCCUUUGGCAAUCCAGAACAAUGAAGCGAGCAAUUUGGCCACGUAAAGAGUGUAUUAGCUUAUCGUAUAAGAAAGUCCCAUCUUACUGAUUCGUUUUUUCC